CCCACUUAUGAUUGGAUGUGGCUCAAUUUGGAGCGCUGGCCCUUUCUGAUUGGAUGUGUCUUUGGCGGGAAGGCUCUGGAGUGGCUGGAGGGGCUGAGGCUCUUGCUGGAGACCUCCGGCUUUGCGCAGGACAAGUGGGGGCGCUCCGGCUUCGCUGGUCUGCGCAUGCGUAACAGAGGGAGGUCCCUGCGGCUGUGCACACUGGCCAUCCUGCAGUCCUUGCCCUGCCUCACCUUGCCUCAUCUCACCUGGUGCAGAAAAGCUAUUUGGCCACGCCUGGGAGAGCUGCAGAUGAUGCUUCUUCAGGACACGCUCCCUUCUCAGGCUGCUAUGACAUCAUCAUCUGAAUCGUCAUUGUCAGCAGAUUUGGAAAGAAAACAGACACCUCUGCUGGCCAAGAGGAGGGACACUCCAGAGGCCCUGACCAGUGACACCAACGUCAGCAAGCACAAGAAUAAAAUGCAGAAGGAAGAGAUAAGAGAAGAGAAAUUUGGGAAUAUAACUCCAGCAAAACAGCCAUCGUCAGUCCAUUUUUUCCCGAAGACGGUAGAUGUGGAUAACACGCCAAUACCAUUGUCACAGUCAUUUUCCCAUGAAAUACCGUUCAACAUCUACCAGAUCAUUAGUGCUCAGACUAGUGGUCUAACCUUAUCAUCAGCAGGACGGUUGACUUCUAAAUCUACCAUCCUGAGCCUCUCCCGAGGAGACACCAACCUGGCGAAGCAGAGCACAAGCUACAUGACUCCAAAGAAACCGACCCUACUGAGCUUUGACUCCAAUACAUUCCUUCUGGGGGAUGGAGAAGAUUAUUUCCUUUCUUUGUUUGGAGACUCAAAGAGACUUGCCACAUAUUCAUCCCAAACAGAGGAUGUGAGCAAACACCUUUCUGUGAUUCUUGAAGAAGUUGGCCAGUUUACAUCCAGUUCUCUUGCAGACAUUAAAAUAGCUGAUGUCAACAUCAAGGGUUUGUUCGUGAGGCUCGCCAACUCUUCCGUGGACAAAGAAGUGGAAAUCGGAAACCACAUCCUCCAACAGAACGUGGAUGGACAUGCGGUUUCCUUGUACCGGUUCCCCGCCAACAUCACCAUGCAGGCCGGUUCCACAGUGACGGUGUGGGCAGCAGCGUCGGAAGCAAAGCCCCAGCCACCAACAGACUUUGUUUGGGAGGAACAGAACAGGUUCCGAUCCAGUCCAGACUGCACGACCAUCCUGUGCAAACCCAAUGGUGAGGCCAUUGCCUGGUACACUCCGAUCCACUGGAAGCAAGCAUGGGAGAAGUUAGAGACUGAUAUUGAAUUUGAGAGAUGUUCAGUAGUGAUUCCAACAAUGAAAAGCCAUGUGUUCGGGUGGACAGCAACAUCUACAUCCUCCAUAAAUAUGGAAAAGCAAGAAUCAAUAAAGAAAGAGUCCUCGCAAUGUCAGAUAGAGCACAUCUACCCUUCUCUCAUGAGAGAAAAGGAAAUCUGGCCAUCCACUUUACCCAAUCAGAGUCCUUGGUGCCGCAGUCCCUACGCCUCUCCACAUCCCUACUGUUCUCUCAUUGAAUCACAUGACUCAGACAUUUCUGAAAGCUGGAUGGGUACACAGCUGAUGUCUCAGCCAGCCAAGCCCAAAUCAGCCCCAGAGACCAAGAAAAAGAAAUCGAAGGCGGAAGAAAAUAAAAAACAUCUCAGCAUGUGAACCCCUGAAGUGAUACAUCAGUUUCCCAAGUUCUUCAGUUGCCAUUUCACCAGGAUCUGUUUUCCACCAUGGUUACCAUUGGCUGCCUGUGCUCAUCCUGGCUAUCCAACUUCUCCCUAUUGCAUAACAGUGUGCUGCGUGGGAAGAGUGAAGGGGCCAGAAGGCUGGGCUCUCACCAUGCUGGUUAAAGACAUUGCAUGGUUUAAAGACAGCAGAAUGCCGGUAUCUGCAGGUUUUCUUCCACAGACGAGACCAGAGCUCAGGCAGC